UAACAAUGUAAAUGAUUUUCAAUAAAAAUCUAUGUAUAAUUAUCCGAUCAUCUGUGACACUGUAACUCGACAAUUUUUCACGUUUAACUUUUCAUUUUCACAGAGCUAUCCAUUGAUAGAUCAUUGUUAUGACGUGGUGGUAGUUGGGGCUGGUGGUGCAGGCUUGAGGGCCGCGUUUGGUUUAGGAAGCAAAGGAUAUCGAGUGGCGGUGGUGACGAAAUUGUUCCCAACGAGAUCACAUACGGUAGCUGCUCAGGGUGGAAUAAACGCAGUAAUCGACACAGGCAAAGAUGAUAAUUGGCUGUACCAUAUGUACGAUACUGUUAAAGGAUCCGACUGGUUGGGUGAUCAGGACGCGAUACAUUUUUUAACCAGAGAAGCACCAAGGGCGAUCUUCGAGCUAGAGAAUUUCGGUUGUCCUUUCAGUCGCACGGACGAGGGAAAGAUCUAUCAACGCCCAUUCGGCGGACAAUCAUUGAAAUUCGGCAAGGGUGGUCAAGCUCGAAGAACUUGUGCCGUAGCUGAUAGAACCGGCCACGCGAUAUUACACACUUUAUACGGACAAAGUCUGCGUUACGAUGUGCAUUAUUACGUGGAGUACUUUGCCCUUGAUCUUCUGAUGGUCGGACGUUGCUGUAAGGGUGUCUUGGCAUGGGAACUAGAGACCGGACUGUUGCACCGUUUCAGAGCCCACCAUACGGUGAUAGCAACAGGGGGAGCAGGAAGAUGUUACCUGUCCUGUACCGCGGCACAUGCCUGCACCGGUGAUGGUAUGGCGAUCGCCUCGAGAGCAGGAUUACCACUUCAAGACAUGGAGUUCAUCCAGUUUCAUCCGACCGGAAUAUACGGAAGCGGUAUUUUAAUAACGGAAGGCAGCCGAGGAGAAGGUGGAAAAUUGUUGAAUUCCCAAGGGGAAUUUUUUAUGGAACGUUACGCGCCAAACGCCAAGGAUCUCGCUUCCCGCGACGUCGUCUCAAGGGCGAUCACUAUGGAAAUAUUGGAAGGAAGGGGUGUCGGUGCCAAGAAGGAUCACGUCUACCUUCAACUGCAUCAUUUACCAGUGGACAUACUCCGCACGCGACUACCAGGAAUUUCUCAUUUAGCAUGGGUGUUCGGUGGAGUGGACGUGGAAAAAGAUCCGAUUCCUGUUAUCCCUACAGUACACUACAACAUGGGUGGUAUACCUACAAACUGGCGAGCCCAGGUUCUAACGAGAGAAAAGGAGGAGGACAGUAUAAUCGAAGGACUAUGGGCAGCGGGUGAAACUGCGUGCGUCUCCGUCCAUGGAGCUAAUCGACUGGGCGCGAAUAGUCUUCUGGAACUGGUUGUUUUUGGAAAAGCAAUCGCCGAUCAGAUCGACUGUAUGACCAGACCUGGUGAACGUCACGAUGAUUUAGCAACUAGCGUUAGCGAAGAAUCCAUUUGCCGAUUCGACGCGACUCGUUUCGCAAAAGGUUGCGUUCCUAUCGCCGAGCUGCGAGAUGACAUGCGACAAACUAUGCAGAGAUAUUGCUCGGUCUUCAGAACCUGCGAUAUAUUGCAACGAGGAUGUCGCGAGAUGACUCGACUCUUCACCUGCGACUUGCCGGACUUAUGUGUUCAAGACCAAUCUCUAAUUUGGAACACUGAACUCGUGGAAGCUCUAGAGUUACAGAACAUGAUGCUGGCUUGCAUGCACAUAGUUUACGGCGCGGAGAACAGGAAAGAAUCCCGUGGAUCGCAUGCACGAGAUGAUUUCAGGGAAAGAAUCGACGAAUACGACUAUUCGAAACCGAUCGAAUACCAGAAGAAACGUAAGUACAGCGAGCACUGGCGUAAACAUACGCUUACGUGGGCUCAGCAUGAUGGAUCGAUCAGCAUUUCGUAUCGGCCCGUCAUCGACACGACACUGGAUGAAUCAGAGGCCCAACACGUUCCGCCUACCGUUCGAGCAUAUUGAGACAAUCAAAUCGAAGCGCUCUGUAUUCCUUCCUAUAUUUUUUUUAUUUUUUUAUUAUUUCCUUCCUCUCGAUGAAACGCUGUCAAAGUUUAGGACGAGUGCGCUACGUUAUCGCGAAACAGUAAACCGCGCGAUGAUUAUAUUUAAAUAUUUCGUCGUACGUCGAACUCGUAUCGCGUCCUUCGUGCAUAUGUUUUGAUACCGCGCUCGACCUGCUGUGUCGUUAACAAUUAAUUCAGACCGGAGACGCGGACCUGUCUGCCGCCUAAUUUGCAUAAUUCAUGCAACGAAACGCAUCGGUUUUAACGAGCGGAACGCGCAUCCAGCUGGCUAUCCCCUUGCCGUUUACGAUCAAUUUCAAGCUACUGUAAUUCAAAUGGAAAUUUGUACGUGUUAAGUUUAUUAAUUUGAAACGUUUCUAUCGAUCAGAUCUGCCGAUAGCGAAAUUUACGUUGAUAGCUGCUGAACGAGCCUAAUCAUUUAGGCCAAUGGAGAAAAAAAAAUGAUGGCGUUACGUAAUGUAUACGGUGCGCUCGUAUCAAAUACCUUCAUGUAUUUUCCUUUCGUUAAUUAGAGUUUCAUGUUGAUUGGGAAAGAAGGUUGUCCACUGCAAAAGUAUAAAUUAUAGUUUGUAAGCGCUAAUUUAAGUUCAAAAUAAAUAAUGAUAAUGUUUGAAACUUACACUGAAGAACGCUGUGAGACAUUAAACGGUAGUUUCGUUGGUUUGUUUGUCAAUUUAAGCAGAGAGGGUAACCUUUAAAUGACCUUGAAAAUAAUAAUAAAGAAAUACGAUAAAA